AUGGGUAAGAUUGUAUUUUAUAAUGAUGGAACAUCAUAAUUUAUAUGUGGAUAGAAUGUUUUUGAUGUAACUGAAGGUAUUUAACAUAAUUGCAAAUAAAAUUUCGUUACUAUUGAUACUAAUACAUAAUUAGGAAGCGAUGCUUCAAUAUACAAUUUAAAAGAAAUUGAUACUAAAUUCGUUAUAAAUCCAAAUAUUGAUGAUCUUUAUAAAAAAUGA